CGUGCUGGAAGCAAUGGAAAAUGUUCAGCAUGUGGGUGCUUGAGGUACUCACUUCUGGAGUUCAAUGGGUAAAUUUAAGUGUUCUUAGUUUAUUAGCUGCCAACCAGUUCACCACAGGAUCCCUCCAGUAUGGGUGACCUGCUGGGACUGGACCGUUUGGUGGCCAACACAGCCUUCUUCAGAGCUCAGCAGUGCGAUGGCACUGAGCUGAGAACGCAAAGAGUAGCCUUGAUGCUGCCUAAACCCAAGAGGUACUCUGCUUCUCAGGAAGUGGCAAAGAGGACGUACGAGUCACUCUGCGAGCAACAACCCAUUGGGAAGAAGUUGUUUCGGCAGUUUCUCCUGACGUCCAACCCACCGUGCGUGGCUGCUGCUGAGUUCCUGGAAGAGCUGAGUGACUGGAGCUUUGCCGAGGAAGGGACCAAGGAGAAAGCCAAACAGAGAAUACUGUCCAAGUUCUGCCAACGUCAGUCCCAGACUUUCCUUUCCUACCUGACAGGGGAGAACGUCUCAAUGUGCAAGGCUUUGUCCGAUGAAAACUUUGACGAAGCAGCGCUGGACCAGAUCCGAGAAGCAACACGGGACUUCUUGAGGGGCAAACCUUUCCUGGGGUACCUGAGGAGCCCCUUCUUUUACAGGUUUCUCCAGUGGAAGGAGUGCGAGAAGCAGAAGAUCACUGACAAGUACUUUUACGAGUUCAGGACUUUGGGAAGAGGUGGCUUUGGUGAGGUGUGCUUGGUGCAGGUGAAACACACAGGCUACCUGUAUGCCUGCAAGAAGCUCGACAAGAGGCGCUUGAAGAAGAAAGGUGGCGAGAGACUGGCCCUUCUGGAGAAGCAGAUCCUGGAAAAGGUCAACAGCCUCUUCAUUGUGAACCUGGCCUAUGCCUUCGAAAGCAAAACUCACCUGUGCCUGGUCAUGGACUUAAUGUCCGGAGGAGACCUCAGGUUUCAUAUCUAUGAGUUAGGGGAGAGGGGCAUUCGCAUGGAGCGUGUGGUGUAUUACACAGCACAGAUAGUAACUGGCCUCCUCCACCUGCACUCUAUGGACAUUGUGUAUCGUGACAUGAAGCCCGAGAACGUCCUGUUGGAUGGUAAAGGCCAGUGUCGACUGUCGGACCUUGGACUGGCUGUGGAGCUACCAAAUGGAAAAAUGAUCUGCCAGAGGGCUGGUACCACUGGCUACAUGGCUCCAGAGCUCCUGAAGCAAGAGUACUACCGCACCUCUGUGGACUGGUGGGCUCUUGGCUGCAGCAUUUAUGAGAUGGUGGCUGCUCGCCUGCCUUUUAAGUACUUCAGGGAGAAGGUGCAGAAUACCGAGGUGACCCGUCGUACUCUGGAGGACGCCUGCAAGUUUGAGGACACACGCUUCAAUGGUCCGACGAAGGAUAUUAUCAUGCACCUUCUGAAGAAGAAACCUGUCCAUCGCCUUGGGUGUCGUAAGGGUGAUGACCCACGAAACCACACUUUCUUCAAGAACAUCAAUUUCCAUCGACUGGAGGCAGGACUGGUGGAGCCACCCUGGGUGCCAAAGCCAAACGUGGUCUAUGCCAACGAUGUCGACGACUUUCGGGACAACUCCGAGAUCAAGGACGUCAAACUCGAACCUAAGGACGAGAAAUUCUUCAAGGAAUUUAGCACAGGUGCYGUGUCCGUUCAGUGGCAGAAGGAAAUAAUUGACAGCGGGGUAUUUGACGAAAUGAAUGACCCUGAACUGAACGGACACGACCACAUGGCCAUGUGGGGCUCCAGGUUGUGCAUCAUUCUGUAAGCAUCUCAUCUGACCAUCCUGCAGAGCUGAGAUCUUUCACAGUUGACAAGCAGCCAAACUGGAUUAAUCCAUAUUAUCAUUCUAAGUGCAAUGUGCUCAAUUAAGCUGCUUAGAAAUCUUUUAAGCCUUCGCCUUUGCCUUUGUUCUUUAAGUUCCUGAUGGAAAAAUAAGACCAAACGUAACCAAACAUCAGAAAGUGCAAAUGAAAACUUUGCCCUUUGUUCCUGGUUAGAUAGUACCAGUACAUUCAGUUUCCAUUACAUCACUUGGUCAUUUUGACAGGAAAUUGUUUACAUGUUAAAAAAAGGCUGCAAAAUGGUUGGAGGUCAGUGACCUGGAGCUUUAUUAUUUUCAGUUUUUGCAGUUGAAUUAAAAAUAUAUAUUUACUGAUUGAGCAUCAAGCAAACACCAUAAGGGCCUUUUUUACUUUUAAACACACAGUCGCAUGCAGUUUCAUGGAUGUGAAGCGUCUCAAUAGCUCACAUCCACCACUAAGUGCCGCCAGAUACCAACAAAGUGCCUUUAUCCUCCUCCUCAUCAUCACCCCAAUUAUCUUGACUGUGUUGCUCAGGUAUUUACAAGCAUUUAGUCCUUCAUUUAGCCAUCAACAAUAAAUUCAGAAAAAAAACAAUGUCCCCCACACAAAUCAUUUCCCCACCCAAGCACAAGUAUUCACGGCAGCCUUUUGAUUUAUAGCUUUCACAACUUUUCACGUCUCACACAGUUUAAAGCUUCAACCUCUGGACUCAUGAAACAUCUUCAGCUAACAGAGGUCCAGUUUGUUUUUAAACUCAUAGGAUUAGCUUUCAUGAGUUGGAUGGACUGUGUAGUUUUUCUGUAAGCCUAACAAAAGGCUUUAAGGAGGAGGAGAUCCUUGCUCUGUGGUUAAAAGCUGUGGCUCGUUUAUCUGGGCCCUCUUCAGCUGGGUCUUGAGUAUUAGCUGCCUGUUGUGACGUCACAUGACUUUCACUCUCUUGACUGUAGUUAUCUGCCUUUUCUAGUUAUAAAGAUGUCUUAACUGCAGAUAUUCAUCUGGAUGGUGUUUAAUAUCAAAAUAAAAAUUUAAGAGAU